AUGCCCUUUGUUCGGUUGGCAAGAUCAAAAUUCGCGAGAAUGUGCUCCACCUUGACUGGCCGUUCUGGCCGAGUGUACACGCGUGACAGGAUUCUCCAGGCUCAUCCUCACAAACCGGAACUCAACAUCUACCUUGCGCACUGUGAGGAUCGCGCCUUCCUCCUGAAGCCCGUCUCGCAGUCGAUAUUGGAACUCUCCAAGGAGCUGAAAGAUGAGUUUGGCGACAGUCCUCGCCUUCGAACACGCCUCGAUGACAACGAGGCGGAACGCGUUCUCCUCUACGACUACUACAAAGACAACUUACUUUCCUUGGUCAAGAAUCGUCCGGACCUUCCCCUUGGGGCGAGAAAAUCCAUCCUCCGAAAUCUGGGGCUGGGGCUCAAAGAUCUGCACUCUCGAAACUGGAUACAUUUAGACACGAAGCCCGACAAUGCUAUGAUCGACUGGAAUGUCGAUGAGAACGGACGAUUCAUAGUCGAACGAGUGGCUUGGGCAGACCUGGACUGCGCUUUACAGCUCAUGGGCGAGCAGCUGCUCGAUCACAGGAUUGGCAACGUCAUGUGGCGCAGCCCGGAAGGACAGACAGGCAAGGGGAUCGGAAAACCGUCCGAGGUCUUUUCUUUUGGUUUGAUUUGUCUCUACACUAUUACAGGCGUGGAGGCUCUGCAUCCAGACUUCGAGCAGCUUAAAAAGGACGGCGUCGAACCCGAGCAGCUGAUUUUGUAUCAAUUGCUCUCGAUGUUCGGGCCAGCUCCGCCUGGGCUCAUUGCCCAUGUCAACGACGAGUAUUGGGGUGAGUUAUCGAGAGUGUUAUCGGACGUUGUGGCGGGAGAAGAUCCAAGCAUACGCUUCGAACAGUGGGAUGAAGGCAUUCUCCCAAAUCUCAACGCCCAGGCAAAGAGGGUGAUACUGAAGAUGACGGAGCUUGAUCCAAUCAAGAGGCCAACGAUGUCUUGCAUUUUGGGGGAUCCCCGGUGGGAAGAAACGUGA